UAAUCCUCAUUUGAGUAACAUUCUUUAUGAAGGACCAUCUUGGGGAUAAAUCUCAAUUAUAGAGGACCACCUAGGUAAUUAAAACUUAUUGAAGACUGAUUUGGAAAAAUACCUUAUUACAAAGGACUAUUUUGGGAAUAAAUCUCAAUUAUAGAGGACCUUGUGAGUAAUUAAAACUUACUGAGGACUAAUUUGGGAAAAUCCUUUAUUACAAAGGACUAUUUUGGGAAUUUACUCUUUUUUAUAAUAAAUUAAUAUCGCUAUUCCCCGAGUUAUUUUAAUAAAUGAUUUUUUCAAAUAAAAAACAUUCUUCAUUUCAUAAAUAAACUACUCCUUCCACCACCUAAGAUCUUCCCGUUAAUGAAAAUGAGAAGAAUAUAUAUUAAAUAAUAUGGGUGCAGUGUAAUAAUAAAGUAAGUGAGGUUAGUUUUUAUAUUUUAAAUGUUAGAAGAGGUAACUGGAAGAUUUAUGGUGGAUAAAUAAAAAGAGCUAAUAAGAAGAUCUAUAGGACAAGGGAAGUAUUAAAUUAAAAUACUACUAUGAUAUGAAUAUAUACUCUGUAUAAAACUCUGUAUCUCAUAAAACAUUGAUUCUUGAUAGAAUCUUUGCUUAGUUUCCGUAUUAUAUACUUAAGAAAAUUGCACUUUUUAGAAAACUAUUAUGAAACACGCUAAAUCAUAAAUUGUUUUUGUUAAAAUUUUAUUUUUUUUAAGUAGGUGAUACACAUUUCUUAUUUAAUAUCUUAUGAAUGUUCUUUAGAAAAAUGUAACAUCUUAAGAGUUGUAACUAUAAAAAUUAAAUUUUUUUAUUACUUAUAAAUACGUACUUAUAAGCAUACAGAUUGUAAAUUAAUAAACUAAAGUAUUACAUAUUUAAGGAAGUAAUUUUUAAAUUCUAAUAAAAAUUCCUUUUGUCACACAAUCUUGGAGAUAUGAGUAACUUAGACGAAUUUAAAGAAAGUAAAGUUUCCAUAUAUGAAGUCCUUUUUAGGAAUGAUUUUAAACCCAAUUACUGUGUACCGUCAUCAUUGCACGUCAAAAAACUACACGUAGACGUUCCACAUGUCAAACUCUGGUCAUCUGAGUAUUAAAGGAUUCCGGUGGGCCGAGAAUAACGAAUAGAAUAGCACAUAAAAUCAACCAAUUGCAUAUAAAGUCAAGAUCCACUAUUCUAACCAAAAAGAUUAAGCCGAUAGGUAAAUUUUUACCCUUCUAACCACAUUAGCUGAUAUGCAAACUGUUACAGAUUGGCUACAUCGAUCUCCAAAAAAAUUCAAUUUAUUUAGAAAGAAAAAAAGAACCGAGCAUGCUAGUGGCUCUCUAUGGGCAGAUGUAGUUUGUUUGUAGUAGAUAUGGGUUAAUUGGCAUUAUGUUAUUGUAAAUGGACUUGGUGGGUUUUAAUAUAUGUGCAUUUCGGUUAUGAAAAAAAGAACCAUGUUCCAUUGACAAAUACGGGGCAUCACACGAAGACGAAACAGCAAGGAUAAAUGUGUGGGGGGUGGGGGGAGGGUAAAUUGGGUGGGGCCGUGGGGGUAGUAAAUGAGGUGAUGUGAGGGCGGUAAAUGAGGUGAUGGGAAUUAGUGAUAAGGAUAAAGUUGGAAAUUCAUUUAAAUUUGUUUACUAAAUAUAGAAAGUGGACAAACUAUCCUACUGGUUGUGAUUGUAACCUCUGUUCACUGCCCUUGCUUCUCGGUGUUUUGGUGCUUUUGUGAUAAUGCUGUCUGGACUGGACUCUACAACUCUGUUGGUGAGUUUUGUGCUGCUGUUGUCUGGGCCAAGCGAGGCAGCUACGUGGGUGGGCCAUGCCUUCGGGUUGCUGAACUGUCUUAGGAACUGCUGUACUUUGUGCUAACAGCAACUAAAAUGGGAAACCAUUGUUGAGCCUUGGGCUCCAAUGUUUCAACACCACAUAAAUGUUCCCACCAUUUCACCUUUGACCUUGGCUUUCUUUUUGGGCCAUGUUUUUUUGCAAGAGCUUUGCGAUCUCACACCCGGUCUGAUGUGGGAUACUAGUACCAUUCGUCAUGCCGUCCUUGUACGGCCGAGGCUUCCUCUGGCAAUUGGCAAUGGUGGCUCCUUGGAUUAUGGGUAUGAUAUUUCAAAAUUGGGGGUGAACUUGACGAUCCUAGCAUUGCUGAGGGAUAUGUUGAUGCAGUGGUAGGCAUUGACGCUUGUGACCCUUCGGUUUCGGUGUCUUGAUGAUUAGCAAAGCUCUCAUGACCACGGACGCUUGAAUGUUCCAAUGAUGAAGGAUUCCAUACCUUCGGAGGCCUUGAGCUCUCAAUCCGGUGGUGCUACCUUCGGAGUUUUGAUGACGACGGCCCUACCUUUUGAUGUACCUUUGCGGAUGACGAUGCAUGAUGACGAGGAUGGGCCUUGGCGAUGGUGAUGAUCAUGUAUCUAUGUGAUUUUCAUUUUGCUUAUGCUUGUACUUGUUUAUUCAUGUUUUUUGAUUGGGCGUGCGUGCCUUGGCGUAGGUGCCACUCUAUUUUUUAUUUUAUAGGGUGGCUCAUUAUAGCACGACACGGGUGAAAAGGGGUACACUCCCAUUCCCAUUGUUGCCGCUGAUCGCCAUCACGUCUCAACAUUUAACGAACCAACUUCUCACCAUCAUCCCUCCAGAGUGAAAUUGCUUCCGUCGACGGUCGGAUUUAUGUCCCAGAAUCAAUCGAGGGCUGGAAAUCGCGAUUCUCACCCGCACAGGAAGACCGGAGGAGUCGGCGGCUCUAAUCAGUAUCGCGGCGGUAGAGAAAGAGGCGGCAGAGGCGGUGGCUCUGCCCCUGCUUACACUCCUUCGUCGCCAUCCAACAGAAGCAACAAGAAGCAUAGCAAUGCUCAAGGGGGAUAUCAGAUACCAAGUGAUUCAAGUGGGAGCACAGCUCGAGCAGUGCCUGAUGGUGCUAGGCUAGAACAAUCAUUAACUGAUGUUCCAAUUCAACCCUUAAGCACAUCUGUAAGUAUCCGCGAUGCCCCAAAGCAAAAAGUUAACCCAGGUGUACCAAGACCUCCAUCUUCCAAUGUCCCCACUGGUCCAGACUCUAAUGCACCAGCUACUCCUACUAAAGACGUUUCUGGGCCAAUCUCUCUUCAGUUUGGGUCAAUAAGUCCUAAUUUCAUGAAUGGGAUGCAGAAGAGAGAGAACCAUUAUAAACCACUAAUAGUCUAAUACUUUCCAUAGAUGGAAACAAACCCAAUAAAAUGGAAUGGACGAAAAAGGAAAACUUGCACAACAAAUUAGGAGAGAGGGAGGGGGGAUAUAUAAACUGAUAUAUUUGGGCUCAGCCUCAUCAUGGUUCGCCCUAUACCCUACACUCCCGGGGGAAGCCGAGGACCUAUGUUUAAGCUAUAUGAUCCAUUUUGAAGGCCCUUAAACCCAUGAUCCUCCUCAAUCCCUACAAUCCAGAAACAACACCAAACCUUAACCAUUCUCCCCCUUCUCCUUUUCAUCUUGGCCGAACCCAUCUUCCCCAAAACCCUACCUCAUUCACCCCUCAAGACCAUGUUAAAACACACCCAACAAAACCCCCUUCAUAACCCUUAAGUUGGUCGAAAACAAGAAGCCAAAACAAACCCAUUUACCCCUUAAAACAUCCACCCAACAAGGCCCCCACUAUGUCCCCUAAACCAGACACAAAACAUCCAUUACUUAACAAAACACACAUGGCACAACUUUAACAAUUUAACCACCAAAUAAACCACCACACCACAUGCCAAAACAACACAUGCCAAUCCCUCCCACUUGCCUCAUGGCCUGGCCGAAUACAACCCCCCAAAUCAGCCCAUCAAAACAACACAAAAACAACCAAAAACCAUAUUAACUCAUGGACCAAAUCAACCCCUCUCAGUUUCCCACCCC